GCCAUCUCUAGCAGGAAGCGUGUACCAAAACAACGUGGAUUUAUUCAAACUGCCGGUGUACAUGUUCGCAUUACUGAGGCUUUUCACCGUUAGCGAUGAAGCACUCGGAGGUAAAACAGCAGCCUUCCUCCCUCUAUCUAGAAGUAUGCUCCCAAAAUGAGAAGCUGCAUCUUCCUCUGCACACCUCAAUCGCUCUGUUUCUCUUGUCCUACUGCGAGUGCAAGUCUUUCAAAGUUUUCCUGGUCUUCACAAAACCCGCCAGCUCCCAGUCACUGAGGAGUCAGCUACCAGAGGGUUUGGAUGUGUCUGAUAUUCAGUCGGAGGAUCUGCCUCAGCUGGUGAGGGGCUGCCGCCUGCCUGCUGUCUUAGAUGAGACUGGGAGGCUCUGCAGAGCAGGGCUGGCUGUGGUCCUGAGACACAUCAUCAACAAAACCCUGGAGGCUGAUCCUUCGAGAAAUGAUGUGUUGGCGCUGCUGGGGUUCAAGAAGACCUGUCUGAAGGCCUGUGCAGAGGUGAGCAGGUGGACCAGACUGUGUGAAAUUGGCAUCCCCUCUGCUGUUGAAGAACUCCUCAAAAAUCCCACAAAUCAAUAUCAGCAGCUGCCUCUCUCCAUCCUCACCCUGGAGCGAAGGCUAGCGGAGCCUGUCAAAGUCCACAAUGAUGACAAGAUACGGAGACAGAAACUCCAAGAGCAGAGACAGAAUGAAAAGUAUGAGUCCCCUGAAGGCCAAAGAAACACACCUCAGGUCAGUGACGGACUGGAGCUCAGGGCGGCUCUGGCCAAGCUGUCUGUGGAUUCAGUUCCGACUUUGACCACCAGAGAGAACUCUGAGAUCAGGAAAGUGAAGACGACGGACCUGCCUCCGCUGGAGCAUGUGUUUGCUGAAGGACUGUACUUCACUCUAACUGACGUGGUGCUGCUGCCGUGCAUUCAUCACUACUUGUGUUCACUCCAAGCACACACUGCGAGAACUCUACAUCAGCUCCCCCACCUGCUGCGUUGGUACAGCCGUGUCCGGGAGGUACCUGGGGUCCUGCGAGCAGCUGAGGCCUGUGGGAUGGCGCUCUCUGUCCCCCAGGUUCCCACGUCCAGCCUCCAAGCACCAGCAGCAGAGGAUGACCCAGCUAACCUACUGGAGCAAGAAGAAGGCCAGGAGACGCAGCUUCCCUUUGUCGGUGGCCCCCGUCCCACAAUGACUAAGCUCAAAGAAAAUGGCAUCGAGGCAGGCUUCGCUCCUCAUCCUUGCCCUGCCUGGACCCUCCCAUGGGACAGCUUACCAGAAGCUAUCAACCCCACUGAAGGGAAAAUGUCAAAUAUCCGUGCAGUCAGGAAGAGGCAACAGCUGAAUAACUUGGUUGCCAUGGUUACGGAGCUAGCCAGGCCGGGAUACACUGUCGUGGAUUUCUGCAGCGGAACAGGCCAUGUAGGGAUUGUUCUGGCUCACACGCUUCCAGAAUGCCAGGUCAUCCUCAUAGAGAACAAAGAGGAGUCCUUGGUCAGAGCCCAGAGUCGCAGCGCUGAGCUCGGUCUGAAAAACAUUGGCUUCAUUCAGGCCAAUUUGGACUACUUCACCGGACCAUUUCACAUUGGGGUUGCUCUCCAUGCAUGCGGCAUCGCAACGGACAUGGUGAUGGAGCACUGCAUCCAGGCAGGAGCCGCCUUUGUCAUCAGUCCUUGUUGCUACGGCUUCAUUCAGAAUGCAAUCAAGUUCACCUUCCCCAAGAGCAAAAGGUUCCAAGAGACUCUGACUUACAAGGAACACAUGAUUCUCUGUCGCUUCGCAGACCAAACUGCUGUUCAGCUCCCACCCGAGAGGAGACUCAUAGGUAAACAGUGUAUGGGCCUGGUAGACUUGGACCGUUCGUGGGCAGCAGAGACUCAGGGGUACUCGGUGCGGGUGAUGACCAUGGAGCCUGAGAGCUGUUCACCUAAGAACAAUAUGCUGUUGGGGAGGCCUCUGCACAAGAGUAAACUGGAAGUCUGUGCAAACCAACUGGAAGCACUGGUGCAUAAUUAGGAUUUCAAGCGCUGGUGUACAGCAGGGCAUCUUCAGUGUUGUCAGGGUUUGAUAAAGUACCAGGCCUCUGGCUCGUGGCUGCAUCAUCAUGCUGCUGAGAGAGAAUACACUUAUUUUAUCCACACUCACCGUUUCUUUUUAUUCUGCUUUAUUUACAAGCCUUUUCUUAAGAAACAGUCUCAAAAAAUAAGAGACUGUUUAUCGCUCAUUAUUUCUGGACUAGCAAAACUCAUCGAAAAAUCUCUUUAAAGGUAAACGCCGUAGUAGUAUGAUUUUUAAUGUGAUAAUCUUGUGGAAGAGAGCACUCUAAGAACGACUCCUCUCCCUUGUUAAAUGCACUCAAUUAUUGGACGCUUAGUUGUAGUAAAAGCUUGAGUCUCUCACCA